CCGCCGGGCGCCCGCCGCCAUUUUGUGCGAGCCGCGGCCGGGGGCUGAGAGCGUUUGGGGAGCUGCGGGGAGGGAGCUGGGCUCUUUCCGGCGCCGCCAUGCCUUCCUCGCCGCUCCGCGUGGCCGUGGUGUGCUCCAGCAACCAGAACCGUAGCAUGGAGGCGCACAACAUCCUCAGCAAACGAGGAUUCAGCGUCCGCUCCUUCGGCACGGGGACUCACGUGAAACUGCCCGGACCGGCCCCAGACAAGCCGAAUGUUUAUGAUUUCAAAACAACAUAUGAUCAGAUGUACAAUGAUCUGCUUAGGAAAGACAAAGAACUAUACACACAGAAUGGAAUUUUACACAUGUUGGACAGGAAUAAGAGGAUCAAGCCCCGGCCAGAAAGAUUCCAGAACUGCAAAGAUGUUUUUGACUUGAUCCUAACGUGUGAAGAAAGAGUCUAUGAUCAAGUAGUAGAAGAUCUAAAUUCCAGAGAACAGGAGACGUGUCAGCCAGUCCAUGUGAUCAAUGUGGACAUUCAGGAUAACCACGAGGAGGCAACCCUGGGAGCUUUCCUUAUCUGUGAACUCUGCCAGUGUAUACAGCACACAGAAGACAUGGAAAAUGAAAUAGAUGAGCUGUUACAGGAAUUUGAAGAGAAAAGUGGAAGGACUUUUCUUCAUACUGUCUGCUUUUAUUAAAGCACAUCUGUCUCCUAGGCCUUAAUCCAGAUGAGGGAAGCAUGUGUUUCAAGCUCUGCUGAUACUGUAUUUUCCUGCAACAUGAAUAUUGAUUUCUCUCUUUUGUUUGUUU